AUAUUGUCUUCACACCUCCUCUCCACUGACGCACCUCUCUCCGCUGUCUGUGGCCAAGAGGCUCGCUCUCGCCUGAGCGCGCUCCUCUGUCGGCUCACUAACUGGGUGUCGGCGUGAACGUCGGGAAGCUGUGAAUGAACAUUAAUGUGGAAUCUAAUGUGCUUUUCGCUCCGGAUGGUUUUCCUCGGUCAUUUCAUUUCUGCUUCAGAAGCCGGGCACUGAGCAACAGUGGUGAGGUGAUGGCAGAUUUAGCAGGCAGCACAGAUCUCAGCAGAUGGUCUGCUGCACACUGAACCGACCAAAAGCAGCAAAACAUCGAAGGAUAGACAGAAUGGAUUUCUUUAAUUGGACCGAAGGAGCCUUCGCCACAAACAGCAGCAGUUAUGACUCCUUUGAGACCGCAACACUCCCUCCCAGUAAAAUCCUACUAACAAUAACCCUUUCUGUUGUUGCCGUACUAACUACAUUCUUUAACUGUCUGGUGAUCACAGCUAUUGCUGUCACUCGCAAGCUACAUCACCCAGCCAACUACCUCAUCUGCUCGUUAGCGGUGACUGACCUGUUGGUGGCUGUGCUGGUCAUGCCCUUCAGCAUAAUCUACAUCCAGAAUGAAAAAUGGAUCAUGGGCGAGGUGGUGUGCACCAUUUGGUUGAGCAUAGACAUUGCGUGCUGUACCUGCUCAAUUCUUCAUCUCGCCACAAUUGCCAUUGACCGCUACAGGGCCAUCACGGAUGCUGUGGAGUAUUCACGCAAGCGUACAGGAGCCAGGGCUGGUGCCAUGGUGGCAGUAGUGUGGCUCUUGUCCAUUCUCAUUUCACUUCCUCCGCUACUCUGGCGACACUACAGCGAUGACGAAGAGCAUAAGGAUCAAUGCAUCAUCAUCCACCACCACAUGGCUUUCACUCUUUAUUCCACACUUGGAGCGUUUUAUAUUCCUCUGAUGCUCAUUCUGAUCCUCUACUACAAAAUCUACAAGGCCGCUCAGACACUUUACAUGCGCAGAGAGGCUAGCAGGGCUAGCCGUCACUCAUGCAUGACCAACGGGAGCAUGAUUCCUUCAUCCUAUCCUGCUGGAGACAGCGAUGGCGACGGUGGUCCUCGGAGUCCAGAGCCCAUAAGCCCACCGGAAAAGUCCUUCUCUGAGCCUUCUACUGAGGAAACGCAACGUGAACGGGUGCGAGCCUCCAAAAAGGUUUCCCAAAGCAAGUCACACAGGCAUGACUCGAGGAGCGAGUCGCGUCGAAGCCAAAUUUACCAAGCGCCCCGAAUUUCAGGCUCACGGGAACGAAAGGCGGCAUCCACUCUGGGGUUAAUAAUAGGGGCCUUUGUUAUCUGCUGGCUGCCAUUUUUUGUCAAGGAGGUGAUCGUCAACACAUGUGGUUCAUGCAACACUUCUAUCGAAAUGGCAGAUUUUCUUACAUGGCUGGGCUACCUUAACUCUCUGAUCAACCCCCUCAUCUACACCAUCUUUAAUGAGGACUUUAAGAAAGCUUUCCAGAAACUUAUUAGAUGCAGUCAUUACCUCUGAUGCUUAGUCAUGCAUGAUCAAGCUCACACACCAUUUAACAAACAUAUAUAACAAAAAGAGAACAAAAGUAGCGGCUUCAAUCAGAGAAUACUAACGGGACACUACAUCAAUAUACCAAGAGGAAAAGGAAAUAAGAAAAAAAAGACCAAUUCCCAUUUUCAGAAUUGAUGUUAACCACUUCAACCAACUAAAUGGCACCCCAUCUCACUGAUGGGUAUUGGUUUAAAGUUCAACACUGAAGUCCAGCCUGUGCUAUUUAUAGAGUAGCCCAAUAUCUCCCUAAUGUUAAUUGGUGUGUGUGAAAGGACGCUGACAUGUUGGUUUUGAAAUAUAAGGCAACUGCUGACAUUUCUGAGGUCUGGGUUCUGAGCAUUAGAGAUUAGCCCUAUUUAAAGGUCUAUAAAUAGCUGACCAUCAUGUCCGAUCCAUCUAAUAAAUUCACUUUUGUCAGCUGGACACUGCUGGCUAAAAUGUGUCAUGUGUAAAAUACCACAAAUUACCAAGUCAUUGUUUUAUGUGGUCAUGGUAUUAAAAAAACAACAACUUUUUUUCUCACUUUCACUGUGUUAUAUUUGUUCUGCAAAACCUUUGAACAAAUUUGAACAUGUUGUUCUGACUUUAAUAAUUUAAAUGUCUUAAAGUUAUGGAAAUAUUCUAUGGGUUUUAUAAACUUCACUAUGCUGCAUCUCAACAUCCUGCGUUUUUAAACAGACAAGGUUAACCUUUAGAUAAUGUUUGUAAAGUAUUUGAAGGGUAAUUCUCUGCUUUCAGAACUAUGGAUGCCCCAAUGAAGCUAUUUAUGGUAGGUACUAAUACUUUAAGAAUUUAAAGGCAAUAAGACCUUUGAGGUCUGGCAUCUUCAGACACCUGAAAGCAGCAUCAGAUAAAUUGAUUAGACAUCUAACUGUUAGACUGUAUUUUUGAGUCAUACUCGUGAGGGCGAAUGUGGAUUUCAGCACAUCUGCUCCAUCCGUCUGCAAGACUGUCAAUCCGCGGGGCACCAGCUGUUUUCAUUACACAGAGGCAUUUAAUUGUUGUGUUUUUUAUUUUUUUUCCUCUUUGGAAUAAUGAACUGAGCUGUAAUAAGUAUGAAAAAUAAUUUUGCUGAAUAAGUUGAAUUGUGGUUGAAGACUCGGCCCAUAUAUUUUUCUGCAUAAAAAUUGCAGUAUACCACUUCUAUUAUUUCCAUCCCUAAGUCUCUCAACUUAAAUCAGGAUUGCCAAAUCUUACUUACCUGAAAUGAAACUACAGCUUUCCUUGUAUCUGUCCCUCUGAGACUUUGUCCACACGAUUCUUUUUCAAAAUAAGAAAGCUUACAGCAAAACCCUUUUUCAAUUAACCAUUCUAAACACUGGGACAGUAUUUACAUUGUAUUCUCUUUUUUUAUUGUUAGCAUUGACACAUCUAAGACUACGUAUUAAUAUGUUGUGGCACUUGUUUUAGAUUGAGCAGAUGAGUCAGGCCAGCAAAAACUUCCAUUGUUAAGACGGGGGUUAAAGAUAUGCACCUUAUCAACAGCACUAGUUUCCAAAAGAGAACCAUGACUCUUUGAUUUUAUGACUUGGCCAGUUGUUUCCAUGACAGUGGGUACUUUUUUUUAAACCUAAGCAUCAGUGCCAUCUCACUUUUUUAAACACCAGCUUAAUAGGUCGUGAAGGAGGGGUGGUACUCAGCUCCUGCAGUCAAUGAGCAAGAACCCAUGUAUAGCCUGGACUGGUGGCAAAUUGAUCACAAGGCAGCACAGAGGCAAAAAAGUACAACCAACCUUGUAUUCCCACAUUCGUGAUUGAUGGCAAUGUAGAGAGAUAAAUCAAUCCAACAGUCAUGUGUCCAUAUGUGGGAGGAAAGAGCCCAAGCACACGGAAAACACACAAACUCCAUUCCAAAAGGCCACAAUGGGAUUGUAUCCCACAACCCUCUUGCUGCAAGGCAACAAUGCUAACAGCUGUAUCACAGUGCAGCAGGUGUGGUAGCAUAUUUCAGUGAAUUAUUAAUGCAUGUACCUCAUGUCAUUGGUGUUCUAUCUGAAAUUACACCAUCUGUGAACUGCAAACUCAAGCAUAAAAGUCUAAAUAUGACAUAGUGAGGUUACGUUAUUUAUAUAGAGUCUUGAUCUUUGAGUUCAACGAUGAAGGCUGAAGAUGAUAUCACUGUGCCAAAAGAAAUGAUUUUAGGCUCCAGACAAAGAACUGCAGAAGGCUACGAGAAUGAGAUCAUCACUAUGUCCUUAAACUCAAGUCAAGACUGCUUUCCAUAUAAUGCAAUUUCAAUUUUAGGAAAGAAAAAGGUAAACAAUGCAGAAAAAAAAAAACUAAGAACAAAUAGAUCUAUGAGCUUUGCAAACCUUUUGGCUGUAAAUUGACUUUAUGUGAAGUAAAAAAAAAAAAAGUACGUGCUUAGAUAAAAUCCAAGUCUUACAGGGACCAGUAAUAGUGGAUCACUACUUGCUGGGCAAAUACUAGAACAAGAGAGGCAGGUGAACAUGUUGAGAAUGCAUGAAACCCAAGGGUGCAUCCCUGAGCUAACCAGGCAGCCCCGGCUCAAGGUAAUAUCUGCUCAUUACAAAAUUUUCUAUGCUACUUAUUUGCUCCUUUUAUAAUAUUUUUUCAAAUAAAUGUUUGUCUGAACUCUGCUCACAAACAGCUAAAACUGCCAUAAAACCUCGCCUGUCAAUGUGAGUAAAACUAGAAAACUGACAGAACAUCUGCUUGUUCAAACAGAAAGCAUUCCCCCCGGCUAAGUCCGAUUUCCAUGCCUUUCUUUUAAGGAGCCUUUGAGUCAAGCAUCAGUUAUAUGAAAUCUGUGUGUAAGUAAUUGUUUAUAAACUUUAUGACGUAAGCUUGCCAUUUAUGUAAGAAACUGCCGUUUUUUUUUUUUUUUUUAGACUAACAUCUGCAGCGUUUCAUAUUCUGUUUUCCCAGAUAUUUUUAAUUUUAUUUAUUUAAUUUUAUUUCCCUGAAAACUGUAAACAACCCAGCUUGCUUAACUUUCACACCGUAGCCAGCACAGGGUUAAUCAAGCCUCAGAGUUACUGGCGUAGAAUUCCUCAUUAUAUUACUCCCACUCAAAUACUUGGAAUAGGACUCCUAUAUUUUACCAUCUUGAAGACAGUACGUGAUAUGUUAGGAAUGAUUGUGGAUGAGUCAAGAAUGAGGGUGUACUGUAUGCCACUGAAAUAAGAUAAGAAUAGGUGUGGAAUAUGGUUGCUUACAUCUUUUCCAGUGUGACCAUACAUUUCUUUUGCAGUGUCCAUGUCUGAAUUACAAAAAAA